AUGAGUGCUGAUUCUGAAGGACCACAGUCCUUAAUUUCCCCGUGGCAGUUCUUCCUCAGAUAUCUGGCAGGUCACUCCACCCACGGCAGAGCAGUGACUUCUGUUCUUCCAGACUUCUUCGAGCAGCAAAGACAUUAUCUAGCAGAAUAUGUGGUGGCAGAAGGCUACAGCAGGGCAAAACCCACCAUGAUGCUCAGGACUGAACUUCUACCAGAGAAGGACCGCUACUCUGCUCCAAAUUCUAAAUCAGCAAUCAAAGGAAAUGUCAUUGCCUGGCACAUCAUUGCAAAUGGACUGGAGCUUUCAUUUUCAGACUCACUGCACAUAGCAAUUUUGGCUUCCAUAUUUUCUCUUAUAAUUUACUGGCUCAUCAGAGACAGAUACAGAGUGAGAAACCUGAGUGGAAAGCACGUCUUCAUAACAGACUGUGACACUGGACUUGGAAAUUCCCUGGCUAAAUGGCUUGACAGAACGGGAUUUUGUGUCAUUGCUGCAUGUGCCACAGAAAAAGGAGGCCAAGAGCUACGGUCCUGCUCUUCACCCUCACUGAAGACAGUGAAUCUGAACUUAGCAGACUCCAACAGCAUUGCCAGGGCUGUGGGGUUUGUGACCGAAGAGACAGCUGGUAAAGGGCUUUUUGGCUUGGUGUGCAACGCUGAAGGAACAGCUCCUGUAGCACCCACUGACUGGCUAAGGAUUGAAGACUUCCAUUCAGUGCUGGAUGUUAAUCUGCUGGGAUUGAUUGAAAUCACACUCAAGCUUCUGCCACUUCUGAAAAAAGCUGAGGGAAGAGUUGUGAAUUUAAUUAAUGCCAAAGGCCUCAUGGCUUUUGUAGGGGGUGGCUACAGUCUGUCCAAAUGGGGCAUGGAAGCUUUCUCUGACACCUUACGGAUAGAGAUGCAGCAUUUUGGAGUGAAAGUAAGCAUCCUUGAGCAUGGUUUCUUUAAGGCAGGAGUAGUUAAUUCAGAUACCAUCGAGAAAUACCUCUUCAAACUUUGGAACGGACUGACUCCUGAGAUCAGGGACUCCUAUGGAGAAAAAUACUUUGUUGAAUAUAUAAAAGCACAAAGAUCUUCAGUCAGAAGACUGUGUGACCAUGAUAUUUCUAGCGUCAUAAAAUGCAUGGAACAUGCCCUGAUAGCAAAGUACCCCAGGACACGAUACAGAGCUGGAUGGGAUGCAAAGUUCUUUUGGCUGUUUGUCUCCUACGCCCCAACAUGUUUAUCUGACAUGCUGUUGCGUAUGAUGUUUCCAGCUCCAGCAGAUAGCAGGAGAUCAGUUCCUGGAGUUCUAAUUAAUGUCUAGUAUUAGAACAGUAUCAGCUCUGCACAAAUAAAUACUACUACUGUCAAAACUAGAUGU